AUGAGAAGAGCUAACCAGGCCACAGUAAGGGAGCAACACACCAUACCCACAGUUGAUGAUGUUUUGUACCAACUCAAUGGGAGCACGGUAUUCAGCAAGCUCGAUCUAAGAUGGGGCUUUCAUCAGAUUGAAUUAGAAGAACAGUCCAGAAAUAUCACCACAUUUAUCACCCACAAGGGGCUGUUCAGGUAUAAACGCCUGAUGUUUGGUAUCAGUUCUGUACCAGAACCUUACCAACAUACUAUCCAACAAGUAUUAGAGGGGUGUGAAGGUGCUUACAACAUUCAUGACGACAUCAUUAUUCAUGGCCGUACUGUUAAAGAGCAUGAUGUCAGGUUAAGGAAGACCUUCGAACGUAUUCAAGAAAAGGGGCUUACUUUGAACAUGGACAAGUGUACGUUCAGCAUGUCAAAACUGACUUUGAUGGGACAUUUAUUGUCCAACCAAGGGAUUGGGCCAACAGAGUCGCGUGUGGAAGCAGUCAUUGACGCAAGAGAGCCUCAAAAUGCAGAGGGGGUACGAAGUUUUCUGGGAUUAGUGAACUUUAGUGCCAGGUUCAUCCCCAAUUUAGCAAGCAUUGCUGAACCACUUCACAGGCUAACAAGGAAGCAAACUCCCUUUGUGUGGGGCACAGAGCAACAAUGUGCUUUUGAUGCUCCGAAAGACAGCUUGGCAAAUGCAGAAACCCUGGCAUAUUUCGACAGCAAUGCAGAAGAAACCAAACUUAUCACAGAUGCUAGCCCUGUGGGUUUAGGAGCGGUCCUUACACAAGUUCCAGGAGGAUGCGAACGAGUAGUCGCAUACGCUAGCCGUAGUCUAACAGAUGUUGAGUGUAGGUACUCUCAGACAGAGAACGAGGCACUCGGACUUGUCUGGGGUUGCAAGAGAUUUCACGUGUACCUGUAUGGAGUGGAAUUCACCCUGCUGACUGACCACAAGCCCCUUGAGGUUAUCUACUCUACUAAUUCCCGCAAUUCAACAAGGAUAGAAUGCUGGGUCCUGAGACUGCAGCCAUACAGGUUCAAGGUGCAGAGUAUACCUGGUAAACAAAACAUUGCUGACCCACUUCCACGUCUUGGAAAAGGAAAAGGGGUAUGCAUGAAUGACGAUGCAGAAGAAUUUAUCCGGUUUGUGGCAGAAACGUCAACGCCAGCAGCUAUGUCUGUGCAGGAGGUUGAAGAAGAGUCAUGGCUCGACCCAGAAAUGUCACAGUUAAGAGAAUGCAUCACAGCAGGAGAAUGGGACAAUGCCCCACCACAGUAUAAAUCCGUAAGAAGUGAACUUUCCAUUCUAGGCAAGCUAGUCCUAAGAGGAACAAGAUUGCUUAUUCCAGCAAAAUUACGCGACAGAGUGGUAGAUCUGGCACACGAAAGACAUCAGGGGUUGACAAAGACAAAACAGAGACUCCGCAGCAAGGUCUGGUGGGCUGGAAUUGAUAGACAAGUUGAAGCAAAAUGCAAGACCUGCCAUGGCUGCCAGUUAGUUGGUUUGCCCACACCACCGGAACCCUUCAAACAUACUGAGUUCCCCAGUCAGCCCUGGCAAGAUCUAGCAGCAGAUUUGAUGGGGCCCCUACCUUCCGGAGAGUAUGUAUUCGUCGUCGUAGACUACUAUAGUCGUUACUUUGAAGUAGGCAUCCUCAAGUCUGUAACAUCUGCCACCAUUAUAGGAAGCCUGGAGAGAACAUUCUGUACGCACGGUCUCCCGCAGUCGCUAAAAACAGAUAAUGGACCACAAUUCACGUCAGAGGAAUUUGGAACAUUUUUUAAAACAAACAGCAUACAGCAUAGAACCUCCACGCCUUUGUGGCCCCAAGCAAACGGGGAGGUAGAACGCCAAAACAGAAGUCUAUUCAAAACCUUGAAGAUUGCCCAAGCAGAAAAGAAGGACUUAAAGGUAGAGAUGAGGAAGUUCCUAACAGCAUACAGGACCACACCUCAUAACAGCACUGGAGUCUCUCCAGCCAAAUUGUUGUUUAACAGAGAGAUACGGUCAAAGAUCCCUGAGCUGACAAAGUGUGAAUACAUUGACAGUGAAGCACGAGACUGA